AUGCUGGGAAAAGGACAAGCAGAGAUCCCCACUCGCUUGCUUGACUUGCAUGGUCAAGGGUCUUCUAAAUGGUCACUGGUGGUCACCAACGGAGAACAGACAUACCGAACCUAUGCAGCUCUAAGCCACCGAUGGACCAAACAUGUUCCGCAGCUGAAACGAGAGAACUUUGACAAACUUCAAAGUGGCGAGCCGGACUCUUCGCUUCCACAGGACUAUCAAGAUGUCAUGUUUCUCUGCCGAGCUUUGGACAUACAGUACAUCUGGAUCGAUUCCCUAUGCAUAUUUCAAGACUCGCCCGAAGACUUCCGGAACGAGGCUGCAAUGAUGGCCGGCAUCUACAUGAACUCGCUUGCCACAUUUAGUAUUUGCUGGGGAGGUACAACCAGUGGCUGCCUUCCCAAGAGAGACCCUGAAGUCGUUGUUCCUGUGGAGAUCCCGUCCAAGGAUAUCUAUAUGAAUGAUAUACGACUGAAGGGAAUCAGCGACACGUACGCAAGCUUACCAACUCCCAAGAGGCGCAUGAGCUUUCGAGAAUCUGAGAUCAAUGAGCUCAUGCAUGGAAGUUAUGCCGAGAUUGUUCAUGACUUUUACAUAAAGCAUGGAGAUCCAGAGAAGGCCCUUUUGGUUGACUUGGAGGAGUGGGACAAGGCGCUAUACUGGGAAUGCGACCAGUCUCGUGCUUCUGAGGCCUUCCCAGAUGGUUUGCCGAGCCACAAUUUUGGCACAGGCGUUGUCCGCGCAAGGAUGCGCCCAGCCAAGAAGAUGCUUGCAGACUACUUUCAUCGCGAACUCUGGCCAGGCAUGAUAGAAAAGUACACGCACACUGACUUGACAUUCGAGUCAGAUCGGCUUGUGGCAUUCUCUGGUGUGGCCAAGCUCCUGUCCCAGCGAGGUCCCGGAGAUUAUGCUGCUGGGCUAUGGAAAGAGUUACUACUCCCAGGACUUCACUGGGACAAGCUUGAUACAGCGUCUCCGAUAGCUAAUCCUCCAGCAGAGGGAAAGUGGAUGGCACCGUCUUGGUCCUGGGCCUCGGCGUUGGGCCCCGUCGAGUAUGACACACACGCCCGUUGGUGCCAUACCCGCUCCGAGGCUCAUGAUGAUUGGAAUUUCAAGCCUGGUCGGCCUUUGGCCCAGGUCAGAAAUGUUUCCAUGGUGCCGGUGGGAGAAGAUCUUUUUGGGUCUAUUAAAUCUGGCUUCAUCGACCUGGAGUGUCUCCUUAUUCCCGCCCACAUGUUUGGAACAGGGACCAAAAGCGAUGAAAAGAACCAGGCCAUAUUAUCAACAUCCCCGGUCGUUGUAGACAAAGAUCCCGGCUGUCUAUAUCUUUCAUGCUACCUCACCAAGCUCUCUUUGGACCACGAACUUGGCACGCAACAGGACAUCGCCUCCUCCAUCUAUUUUGCUCCUCUUCUUCUUUUUGGGACUGCCAAGGGGAACAUGGUGCAAGGAUUGAUCGUGCAGGAGAUUAUAGAAAACGGUGAGGAAGAGAAACAAGCCGCAUAUUCAGUGAAGCGGCUCGGCACCUUCCGAGAUGAUCUUGAUGAUGGUGUUUUGUCGAAAUUCAUCGUCCAUACCAUUGCGGAGGGCGGCAUGCAGCAACGUGCCGAGCCUGAGGGUUCAUCACAACCCAACAGUGACCAAUCUUUCCUACCAGAGCUGCAAACUUAUCUCAAGUCCGUCACGUCAGAACGUGCCCAGAAGCUUGUGACUUUUUCCGGCAUAACUCUUACUUCUCUUCAAGUUCCGGCUCUUAAUCCCCUCAUCUCGCCUCCAAGGCUCACAAGAAUGCUCCUCUAUGAUUCUCUCGGUAUAAACACCUGCGCCGUGCGCCUCUUCAUUCUCGAACGCGGCCAUGUAUCCCUCGACGUCAAGCAGAUCGAUAUCAUGAGCAUGGAGAAUCGCAAGCCUGCUUAUGUGAAAAAUGUCCACUCUCGUGGCACGGUACCCGCGCUGCGCAUCUCAGACGACUUUGUUCUUACCGAAAUAACGGCAAUUGCCGAGUAUCUCGACGAGAUUGCCGACGGCGGCGAGUCGCUAUUUGGAGCGACAGCUCUUGAACGAGCUGAGACACGCAUGUGGUUGCGACGAGCAGACUUGGAGAUCUGCGAGCCUGUCACCAGCUACUACCGGAACGACCCCGACACCGUCGACUUUUACCGUGGAAACCGGAUUCCUUGCCCCGAGGCAAGACUAUGGCAAAAGGUCAAUAUCUGCCAAGCCCUGAACCGAUUUGAUGAUGAGCUGGAGGAUAAGAAGUGGCUUUGCGGCGAUCGAUUUUCUGCGGCAGAUAUUCACUUCUACGGACUUAUGAAGCCCAUGUGUACUCUGGUACCCUUCCUGAUGGACCCUGGAAGGAAGAAUCUGGCCGCGUGGUGGGAGCGAAUGGACAACAGGCCAGCCAGCAAGAAGUCUCUGGAACGUUUCGCUGAGGGCCGGCUAGAUCUCAGCCAAUAG